UUCUCUUGUACAGUACCAAUCUAAAAAAAUUAUUUUCGAAAGAGUUCGAGUACACGUGCAUUACCCAUUAUGACUUCGACAACGGAAAGUUUUCAUGAAGAUGAACUAGUACCACCGGAGUGGGUCAACAUCGAUUUUUUCGAAGCAGUAUUACAAAGUUGUGAAAAUGUGACGAAAGUGGAGGUGUGUAAAUUUAAACUCACUCCAGGCACUGUCAAGGGCGAUCAUUUUGCCAGUGUAAUAUUCAGAGCAAAUGUGGAUUACAAGAUUCAGGGUUUGCAGAAAAAGCGAUCUUUAAUUAUAAAAAUAAUGCCUGAAAUGGAAGGAGCAAAAAAAGAUAUGUUGAUGGAAACACAUAUCUUUGAAACUGAAGUAACUCUUUACACUAAAGUCUUGCCAAAAUUUGAAAGUAUUUUACGGUCCAUAGGAGAUAGCACAAAAAUUGGACCGAACUGUUUAUACUUUAGUUUGCAUCCUAAAAAGUGCAUAGUUUUUGAAGACCUCGUGCCGCUUGGAUAUACUGUGCAACGUGAUCGGGAAGUUAAUAUGGAAGAAAUAAGAGAAAUUAUGCGAAAAUUAGGCGUUUUUCAUGCUAUUGGCUAUUCACUCAAUAUAAAAGAACCAGAACUCUUUGACAAUCUUAAGUAUGGUUUAAUGAAUCAGUCAGCAAUUUGCGACAGUGAGCUGAUGACAGACGGUAUAGCAAUAUUUAUUGAAAUGUUAAAUGAAACACCUUCACUACGUAUGUACAAGCCUUAUUUUGAGGCAAUUCAAAAAAAUUUGUUCAAGAAAUGUCGUCAAACAUAUGAUGAAUUUCGUGAAAAUCGGCAGAAUGAUAGUAUAUAUGUUUUAUGUCAUGGCGAUUUUAAUUACAAAAAUUUGAUGUUUAAACACAAUCCCAUCGAUAUGAAACUAGAAGAUAUACUUAUACUUGAUUUUCAACUUUGCCACGUGGGAACCACAGCCACAGAUUUGUACAAUACAUUUUACAUGGCUUGCUCCAGAGAGCAACGCAUGCAUCAUUUUGAGGAAUUGUUCCAUUUAUACUACAAUUAUUUUAAAGCUACUCUGGAAAAAAUUGAUUUUCAUUGCACUAUACCUAAAUAUGCUGAAGUCAAAGCCAUGUUUUUAAAGCACAAAUAUUUGGGAUUUUUUUUGCUGUCUAGCUUUUUACCAAUGUGUUACGGAUUACUAAGUAAAACCUUGGAUGCAGAAAAGCUUAUGAGUUCAAGAGAAUAUCGCAAAACAUUAUACAAUGAUAAAGGAUACAUAGAAGAACUUCAGCAUUUGCUACCCAAAUUGUUACACCGAGGAUAUUUUGAGGACUUAAUAUAAUUGCACUUUUUAACAAUUAUUUUUAAAGUAAUAAUUUGUUUUAAGAAAUAUUGCAACACUAUAAUAAAAUGC